UGUUAAAGUGUAAAAGUUUUUUGUGAUUCCCUGUGUAACUUUCUCAAUCUAUGGAAAACAUUGACAACAAAAUGAAAAAUAAAAGAAAAUAUAGUCCUAGAACUGAGUAUGUAGAAGUCAAUUCUCUAAAAUUAAUUCGGUUAGUACGCAGCAAUGAAAUACUUUUUAAAACGGACAAUAGCUUGUGCUGCAAUAAGUCUUAUAGAGAAGAAGUAUGGGAAGGUGUUUAUGCUGCAAUGUUUCCAGAAUAUUAUUCAAUGGAUGAAAAAAUGAAGGAGUUGAUGGGAUUAAGUGUACGACGUCGUUGGAAAAGCUUGCGGGAUUCAAUAGCAUGUGAAGUUAAAAAGAGCGCAACCGUUGAAAAUUAUGUUCGUAAGAAGAAGAGUCCAAUUAUUGCCGAAUUGGAGUUCCUUAUACCACACAUUAAAAGUUCGCAUUGCGUUAGAUUUGCUGAACAGCUUGGUUUAAGUAAUAAUAUCAAUAAUUCCGGCGAAACUGAAGUCCACGAAGUUGAUGAGUCGACUACUUCAACUAAAGGUCAAGACAUUGAGACACCUGUUCUGCAAAUGAAUGAAUCAGAUGGUCUUCUUAAGGAAAAAGCUAUUAAAGACCUACACCAAUUUCACAAUGCGGUCAGUUCAAAUAUAAAUGCGAUAAUUUCUCAACCAAUGGUGUGUACUAAUCUUGCUUCGUUAAACCAAAGUGACGUAAACGGUUGGAAUAAUCAAUUUUAUGCUAUAUCGAUGUAUAAAGGAGAUGAGUUUAUUAAUUUUGGUGUACAAUGUCUUAAUUCCAUUAAUGAAGAAGAAAACAAUAACGAUAAAGCUACAGUACAACAGAAUAAACGUCUUCACUUGGAAAACGAGGAAUCCACUGACCUACCCAUUUCAUAAAAAAUAUAUAUUAAAAGCUACUUAAUCAAUAUUAGUCUUAUAAUCAGUGCUCAAUGUGUUAUGCCAGAAAUGAG